AUGGCCGAAGAAGAGUGGGUCAAACUGGCUACUGUAGAUGACACCGUGGUGGCGGAGCUUCUGGUAAAGCUUAAACAAGUCAAGACUCCGGCGACGCCGCCGCCGAUGCAGACGCCGACGCCGACGACGACAUCGAGGCCGGCUUUGUCCUUGGAGUGGAGCGUACGCCAGCCGCGUUCGAAAUCUGUGGUGGUUCAAUCGAAGAAACAAGCUCCCAGAGCGAGUCCGACUACGCCGCUUUCAUGGAGUGGCGCCACCUCCGUCAGCGGCGGCGGAGGCAGCGGGAGUGGCGGCUCGUUUGACGGCGGUCCUGAGGAGGAAUCCGGACGUGCUUCUUCACUUAAACUCUUGGAUUUGUCGAGAUCUAAGGUUAUAGGAACAAGUGAAGCCACCACCUCCAAGAAGAUAAGAAAGAAGAAGACCCUUGCCGAGCUCAAAGAGGAAGAGAACCUGCUGGAAAAAGAAAGAAAGCAGUUGAAGAGGGAAUUGACAACUCUACGUCACAAUUUGGAGAAAGAGAGAACUAGAAAUGAGAACUUCAAAAGAAUAAAGGUGGAUAUGCAACUUCAAGCAUUUGGAAAUCUUAAAAUAGCAUCCGAAUUAGAUAAUUCCGACCAACUGCUGUCAAAACUUGCAUAUGGUCAUCCUGUUUCAGCACUCUUACCUCCAACUCUUUCAAGCAAUGGAGGUUCGCUGCUGGACCUUCCUGCUAGCGCUUUCACUGAAGCUAAUACUGAAGUAUUACCUGCUGGUAAAUUUGUGCUUCCAGACUUAAAUAUCCCCAUUGAGGAGAACGCCAGCUAUGAUGCCCUUUGUGGAGUAAGCUAG